AUGGGAAACGUCUUUUCAAAGAAGAAAAACAGAGAAAGACCGCCAAAGGGUUCCGGCCCUUCAACCUACCCGGAGCGCCCAUAUCAGGGCGGUGGCGCAGGACAGCAGCAGCCACUGUACCGGCAACAGCCUUACCAACCGGGAACCAACAGGAACAACAUGCCCAACCAUGCAGAAACCAUGGGACAGAGUGAAGUGAACGCAGGUCACCAGGUCCCACCCGAUUAUCCCACGCCCAUGUCAGCGCCAACACCCAGCACGGUGGUGCGUGUGCGAGCACUCUAUAAAUACUGUGCCCAAAACCGUGACGAUCUGGACUUUAACAAGGGUGACGUUAUGAUUGUGGAGUCCGGCCUCUCGGAGUCCUGGUGGUUGGCUCGCCAUCUGAGGACCGGCCAGCAAGGAUAUAUACCCAGCAAUUAUGUGGUCGUAGAGGAUGGUCGACCGACCUCACUGGAUGCCUGGUUUGACAUUAGUCGCAAUGAAGCCGAUCGUUUGCUUCUCGUGCCCGGACUUCUUCUGGGCACUUAUAUUCUUCGCCCCAGUUCCCGUAAGUCCUAUGCUCUCACCUAA